AUGUCAACCGAUGAAACAAAUUCAAAGCUUGAUGAAAUCUCAGCAGCUGUACGUGCUGCAACAAAAUUAAGCAAUGAAGCUAAAAAACCUGAAGAACUAACAUUGAAUAUGUUAGCUAGUGCAAUUAAAUUAGCAGCACUUCCCACUGAUGAUGAGGAAAAAUUAACACCAGCAGCUAUUAAUGCCGCAAUAAAAUUGUCUGCAAAAUCAUCAGGUCAAGAAGAACAACAUGAAAAUCUAACGCCUGAAUCAUUAUCUAUUGCACUUAAAUUAGCAACGAAAUUGUCAUCAACCAAUGAUAAGAAUGAAACUGAAUUAUCAGUUAAUCAAAUGCGUGCAGCAAUGAAAGCAUCUGUAGCUAUGACUCAAGGAAAUGAAUCCAAUGAACUAGUUACAUCUGAAUUACUUACUGAUGCACUUAAAUUAGCUAAAAACUAA